AUGACGCAAAAGGUGUGGGACGAGUCUAGUGGGCAGUACUGCGACGUACAGCUGCUGGCCGCCCUGGCCGCUGAUCCUACAGUCUCCUACGACGUCUUCUCCAGGAGUGCCAAUGCGUCGUUCUUGGUGUUCCACCCGCGGCCUGCAGCCUACACCCACACCUGCCUCCACACCGACACUCUCGUCGUCCUGGUCUGGGUACUCGCCUCUAUACUCAAUGGUGUGGGGAGCGGCCUUGUGUUCACCGUUGGGAUCCCUUACCUGGACGACGCCAUCAGUAAACACGACGCCCCGCUCUACCUAGCUGUGAUCGUCGCGACGGGAGUGUUUGGGCCACUCCUGGGCCUCUCCCUCUCUGACCUGACCCUUGGCCUGUACGUGUACCCCACCCUCCACCCUGGCGUGAUGACCUCUGAUGACCCGAGGUGGGUCGGGGCCUGGUGGCUGGGUCAGCUGGGCUUCUCAGUCGUCAUGCUCGCCAUGGCUUCCCUACUCCUCCUCUUCCCCAGGAGUCUGAGGAAGGGAGCCAGAAAGCAGGAGGAGCGGCCGAGACGCACCUCCCACACCCUUGAGGAGGACCUUGCUAUUGAGGAGCUGGUGAGGACGUCCGUGGUGCCUCGCAUCCCAACACCACACCACACUCCCCAGCACCAGCACUCACCACUACACCACACUCCCCAGCACCACCACUCACCACUACACCACACUCCCCAGCACCACCACUCACCACCACCACCACCCACUGACACGCCUGGCCUGGCAGAAGUCACCGAGGAUGACUACAGUGUUGAAGAGCAGGAGACGGAGGGAGGGUACCCGCUGGAUGAGAGAGACAGCGGGUACUCCAUGGAGGUGGAGGGCGGGUACCCAGCAGAGGACAGAGACAGUCAACACACACUGGAGGCUGGCGACGCCCCUCAUCAGGGCAAGGCGCUUCACAAGAAGAGAUCACAUAUUACUUCAAGGGAAAUAAAAAGUGGUAUAAAAGAGCUGUGGGCGACUGUGGCACGACUGAUGAAGAACAAGGUGGUCGUCUAUACCCUCUGUAGCGACUUCUUCCUCGUCUUGGGCACCUCCGUUGUCAGCGUCUGGCUUCCCAAGUACAUCCAACAACAGUUCCGUGUCACCAAGACCAACUCCUCCUUCUACACAGGUGUCUGCGGGACGUGGUCGGCCAUGGUGGGCGUAGGGGUGGGCGGUGUUUGGGUGAGACGGUGCCGCCCACGGGCCAGGACGGUGGCGCUGGUCAUGGCCGCCUGUCUGGCCACCCACACCGCCGCCCUCCUCUCCCUCAUGUUUAUAUCCUGCCAUGUUGACGCUGACCUCCCCGGCAUCAUGGCCCCUGACUUCAGAAGUGUGGAGCUGCACCGCGGGUGUAGUGAAGGGUGCAGGUGUGCAGCGACGGAGGUGUCGCCAGUGUGUGUGCGCGACGGACCGAUCACUCUCUCCUACUACUCCCCGUGUCAUGCUGGCUGUCCUCCUCCUCCUCCUGCAGCCGCACACUCCACUCAAGACCCUCUCUCCAACUGCACGUGUGGGAGCCCUGAGGCCAGGAUCACACGUGGCUACUGUCAAGACACGUGUUCCAUCUACGUGGUGUAUAACGUAGUCACCUGCAUCACUGAGUCACUGCUCUCCGUCACCAUUAUUGGCAGCCUCCUUAUUGCCCUCAGAUGCGUGGAGGUGAGAGACAAGUCGGCAGCACUUGGCAUUAAGAGUACUAUAAUGUCACUAGCUGCCUUGGUUAGUCCAGUGGUUGCUGGCACUCUUGUGGACUCUGCUUGCUUGGUAUGGAAAGAAGAAUGUGGCACCCCAACCUCCUGCUCCCUCUACAACACCAUUGAUUUUGGGCACAGAUUCCACGGACUGGCCAGUGUAGUAUUUACACUGAGCACCAUCUUCACCCUACUUGUCUCCAGACAUGUUAGAGACCUUGAACUUCUGGAAGACACUGCACACAGCUUACCCUCGUUCUCCUUCUUCGAUACUGGUGCUGGAAGCAGUCCAAGCAUCCGCAGAAGUUUUCGCAAAAUGUCUAGGUUGGCAACAGGAAGAACCUCCUCAGGAAAAUGGAAGGUGCCUACAAUGACCAGUCAGUCAGAAGGUGGAGAAAUGGACGUCAUGCAACGAGAGCAUGUGAAAAACGAGGAGGAUACAAGUGAUGGAGAUACACAGCCCACAGUAUAUUUUGUGAAACCAAAUAUCUUACCUUCACUUGUGAUAAAGACUACAAAUGUGUAGUAAAUCUUUUAUAUAAAUGACACAUAGAACUAUAAUGAAGACUACGGGUGUAGAGGGAAUCCUCCUAGUGAAGCAGUUAUGGGUAGAGACGACCAAUGUUACUGUUGCAAUGACUACAACUUAGUGCACCACAAUUUUGUCACUUCCGACCAGUCUCAAAAUUAUGGUACGACAUUAACCUCAGACUUGUGGGCAUCACCUCAGUAGAUUUGGAGGGUUGCCCAGGUUCAAAUCCUGCUGGUUAGGUAAAAACAACUUGAUGACCAAACCACAAGUCAGAAAAUGGAGAAACUACUUUUCGAUCCAUCCUGGACCAUUAUCAAGUCGAGCAGCUCAGACCAAAACAUCGUCGUUUCUCCAUUUUUUGAAGUGUGGUUUGGUCAUCAUAUUUCGAGCCACGUUAUUGUGACUCGUCGUCUGUAUAAAUCACUGCAAAUUUGACAUAUCAAAUCAUGAAGAUUGAUACAUACUUCAGGUCUGUUUGGAACCAGGCAAAGGCUGUGUAAAUAAAUUUUAAGACAAAAAAAAGACAAUGCACAAUACAUGUUACUGUUUAACAGUAUUGAAGCAACAUGAAGCACAUUACAGUGAUUACUACUAAGCAAAAUAUUGUAUAUGUUUUCCACAUGAAUGAUUGUAUUUAUUGUAAGUACUUGUGGUUUAUUUCAGCUUCUGAUCUCUUGGUCUUCAGAGUUGUGUGUGUCUCCAGGAGUUGAUGCUUGGUGCUUAACCUGGACGCUCCUGCAACAAUUCCUCUCUCUUUCCUUUCCUCCAGCUUUAGCCGUAUCUCCUAACUGUACUGCUCGGUUGAUCCGGAACACUGUUCCCUGUGCUGCCUAGCCUUACCUUGCGGUUAUCUUGCAUUGAUUUCAAGGAUCAACGACCCCGCAGCCCUGUCUCUGACCAGGCCUCCUUGUAGCAAGACUGGUCACCCAGGCUGUUGGACGCGGAUGCUCGCAGACUGAUUUAUCACAUACGUCAGGCUGAUACAUACUUUUAGGGGUACAUGUCCCUAGUGACUAACAUUUUUUGGGCAGAACUUGAUGCAAUUUUGUAUGCUCUUCAUCAACUGAUUAUCCAUCAUCAGUGGUUUCUUCGUCAUUGUGGUCAACUCUCGCAGUGCUCUCAUGGCUCUGGAGUCAUUCAAUCCUAUGCACCCUGUGGUAGUUGAAAUCCAAUAUUGGCAGCUUAUCAUCUCUAGCAGAUUUAAACAGGUUGUUUUGCUGGGUUCCCUCCAAUCCCGAAACGCCGCGCAUACUAGUGGGUUUACAAGAUUGUAAAUACAAUGCUAUGUAUUCUCACAAACCCAAUGUACCUUCUUGUAUAUAAAUAAAUAAAUAAAUAGUGGUAUUUCUUUAAAUGAACAUGUGAACGCUGCCACUAAGGAGGCUAUCCACACUUGCUUUAUUUUCCGAAAGGACAUUCCUUAUUCUGAUUUCUACCGUCAUUCAUUCCUCAAUCCGUGACUGUUGGCAGGGUCAUUGGUCUUGUGUUACUGGUAACAAACUAUGUGCUCUUAACGGUGGUGUGUCCCCUUGGCUUUCCUCCUACCACCGUCAGCAGCGGUGGGAAAUGGCUCUGGCAGGGUUGCAUAUUGGUUAUACACGUUUAAUUCACAGGCACCUUAUGGAACACCACUCUGCUCCUUAUUGUCUGAACUGCAUUAUCCCUCUUACAGUCAAACAUUUCCUUGUUGAAUGUCCUGAUUUUCAAGAUAUUCGUGUCUUUUGCUUCCCAAUUGUCUCUAGGGUGAACAAGUCGACAGGAGGCCUUGUCGAAGACCGGGCCGCGGGGAUGUUGAGACCCGAAAUUAUCGCAAGGUAGUAGUCAUUUGUCCCUCGAAUCUUCAGUGAAUCCGAUACCAUUGGUAUCGUUGCCUUAUACACUUGGUCUAGUAUUGCAUUCUCAGUGAUAUAUAUUUUUUUAAUAUCCUGCAACUUUGAUGGCGCUACAUAGUCGCCCCGGCUUGGUGCCUUAUUUGGUAAUUACUUACGUGUAGUUUAUUUAGGAUCGUCUGGAUGCUACGUGAUUAUUUUGUUAUAUUUUUGGGUUAUCUGAUGUAGGCAAAGAAUACUGUUAGCAACAAUUCAAUAAAAUCACAUUCUAAUGCAAGAAUAGCAGGUUUAAAAGUGAUUUGGAGGUUCAGUGUGUUUUAUCUGUCAUUGUUAAUACACACAGAGAAAGCACAGACGGAUUAAAAUUAAUUGUUAUGCUGGAAACCAAACUGGAACUUGAUGGGGAGACAUAACCCUUAAUAAUGAAACUUUCUGCUAAGGAUUCUAUAUUAAUGGUAUAAAGUGCUUUUCUCUGACAAGGUUCCCUUGAUGCUUUAGGGAGUUACCAAUGAUACCACCAGAGAGAGAGAUAAAGGGGGGGGGGGGCCCUGUCAUUAUAUUCAACACUGGAUUUUUUUUUAAGUGGGUGAAUAAUUUGUAAAUAAGCAACAGUAGAAAUCUAAAUAUAAAUGUUGGUAUAUGAAGAGUAAAUGACUUAACAGUGAAGUGUCACUUUUUCUCUUUACAAAUAACAUGUGGAUUAAUGAUUGGGGGUUUACAGACACAUCAGCUACUAGGUGAGUUAAUGCUUAUAUUAUAGAGUAUAACCUAUGUUGUGUGUUAAUAUUGACUAAUGUUAGAGAUAUAAAAGCAUCUAAUAAUAAUAAUAAUAAUAAUUUUUAUUUUGGCAAAGGUACAUACAUAAAGAGAUUUUACAAAGUUUGUUGGAUUUAUAGAUAGAGCUAGUACAUACAAUGCCUAAAGCCACUAUUACGCAAAGCGUUUCGGGCAUCUGACUAAACAUGCGAUGGAGCAUAGACUCAAGAGUGCUAGAAGCAUGGAAGGUCACCAAUGUAAAUAUCUGGAACCGAUACUG